AUGCCCCGUUCUUCUCGCACAGGUGACUUGGUAUACGAUCCUGAGGUUGAGAAGGCAGCACGUAGGCGAAGGCAAGAGACCAAGAGACAAAAAGAAGGGUACUCAUUUUCUGAAAACGAGUCAAUAGAAGACGAAUUGAGCAUGGCCAACACCCAGACAUUACGGGAGCUGGCUACCCCAGAACUGACUCAUCAGCCCUUGUGCAUCACGUUCCCAACUCUGGCUGAGAAUACCUCAUUCGAGUUGAAAUCGGGGUUGAUUCAACUCCUACCUUCGUUCCAUGGCCUUUCUGGUGAGGAACCCCACAAACAUAUCAAGGAAUUCGAAGUGGUUUGCUCUAGCAUGAAACCCCCUGCGGUCACCGAAGAGCAAAUACGACUCAGGGCUUUCCCUUUCUCUCUCAAGGAUGCAGCGAAGGAUUGGCUAUACUACCUACCUGCAGAAAAAUUUUUUCCCGCAUCCCGGGUUGCGAGUUUGAGAAAGGAAAUAUGCAGUAUCAAGCAGUACUCCGGGGAAUCAUUGUACGAUUAUUGGGAAAGGUUCAACAAGUUGUGCAAGGGAUGCCCACAGCAUCAGAUUAGCGAACAACUGUUGAUCCAGUACUUCUAUGAAGGGCUCCAGUCAACUGACAGGGGUAUUAUUGACGCUGCGAGUGGAGGAGCCCUGGCGAACAAAACACCGAGGGAAGCAUGGGACCUUAUUGAAGCCAUGGCAGAAAACUCUCAGCAGUUCGGCUUCCGUGAGAACACUCCUACCCGUAGAGUCAAUGAAGCAGAGACGUCAUCCAUCCAGCAGCAACUGUCAGAGUUGACGUCUGCUGUCAGGCAAUUGGCCAUGAGAGACACACCGCGAGCAAAGGUGUGUGGAAUCUGCACUAGCAUGGACCACUGCACGGAUUUGUGCCCCAUUUUGCAAGAGAACGGGGCGGAACAGGUAAAUAUGGCCGGAGGCGUGCCCGCGCCCCGCAGGCAGUAUGACCCGUAUUCCAACACAUACAACCCCGGUUGGAGAGACCAUCCCAACCUCAGUUAUGGGAAAAGGCAACAAGGUUCAUUCCCGAAUCGUCCACCAGGAUUCCACCAGCCUUGGCAACCAAAAUCUCAACCCUCAUCCUCCAAUUCAGAGAGUUCCUUGGAGGAUCUAGUCAAGAACCUGGCCACGACUACUACUAACCUGGUCACGACUACUACACAACUUCAAGAGGAGAUCAGAUCAUUGGCCGCGAAAACCGAGCAGCUCCAGCAGGGCACCAAAGCUGACAAGAAGGACCAAGAUGUUCGAAUAAGUCAACUGGCAACUGCCAUCAACCGCUUGGAAUCUCACGUUUAUGGGAAACUGCCAUCGCAGCCCCAGGAAAAUCCCAAGAAUGUAAGCGCCAUGACACUGAGGAGUGGGAAGGAGUUGGAAGGGGCUAAAGGGAAAAAUUCGAAAAGCAAAAGUGAGGAGGAGAUAGAAAAGGAGAUUGAAGAGGAAGGGCGCAUUCGCGAAGAGCCUAAGGUACCCAAGUACGCAAAGUUCUUGAAAGACUUGUGCGUUAACAAAAGAAAGCUAAGGGGUGAUGAAAGAGUGAUGGUAGGAGAGAAUGUAUCAGCUGUACUUCAAAGGAAACUCCCACCCAAAUGCGGAGAUCCAGGACCUUUAAAAGAAACGGGGAUAAUAAUUCAAUUGGCUGAUCGUACAUGUGCUUACCCGGAUGGGAUAGUUGAGGAUGUUUUAGUGCAAGUAGAUGGAUUAAUUUUUCCUGCUGAUUUUUACGUGCUUUACAUGGAUGAUAGAAGUGCCCCGAAUCCAUCACCCAUUAUAUUAGGAAGACCAUUUUUGAGUACUGCCCAGACUAAAAUUGAUGUUAGUAAGGAAUUUUCUAAGUUUGCUUGUAGGGGUAGAUUCAAGGUUGCUACGAACAAGUCCUAUAGGAUGAAAGCAAUUCAUGAGGAGAUUAGUGGUUAG